AUGGAGAGAGAGGAGUUUGGGGACCCUAAAAGAGCUCGUAUAUCAGGUCAGUUUCAUGGUGCCUCAUCUGGAGGUAGGGGAUCACAUAGAGUGAGUGGUUCUUUUCAGCAGCGGGGACCUAUUCAUGCAUUUAUACCGACAUUUGAGGGUGGCCAGACAUCUAGGGGUUCUUAUGGCCCGGGUCAGGGCUCGUACGGUUCACAGCAGCGACCUACAGGGCGAGGCAAUUAUAGUGGGUUUUCAGGGUCCACACAACAGUUCCCAGGUCAGAGAUUUUGUUUUACUUGUGGAGAUCCCGAUCAUCUAAUGCGGCAGUGUACUUCACAAAGGGGUCGUGGUGGGCCUCGACCUAAUUCUUCAUUCCAGACUAGACCACCAGCACCACAGGGUAGAGGUCGUGGCAGAGUUCAGUCAGGUAGAGGUGAUAGAGUUUCUAGUAGUGGUGUUGCAGCUCAGCAGAGUGGGGGUAGAUGUACCACCCAGGAUAGAGGUGGACGAGGAGGCCACUGCUAUGCUUUCCCCGGGAGACCUGAGGCGGAGACCUCUGAUACUGUUAUUACAGGUAUCAUCCCAGUAUGCCAUCGACCUGCGUCUGUGUUGUUUGAUCCAGGUUCUACAUUCUCUUAUGUGUCUACGUAUUUUGCUGCUAAAUUUGAUAUGAUAUGUGAUAGCAUGACUGUACCUAUUCGUGUUUCUACACCCGUGGGUAAGCCCUCAAUGCCUGGUGUUCCGAGGGUUGAGUGGAAGAGUGUUAGUGGUUCUUAUCCUAGAAAGGUCAUCUCUUUUAUCCGUGCUCAGAGGUUGGUGGAGAGGGGGUGUUUGUCUUACUUAGCUUUUAUUCGGGAUACUAGUGUUGAACCACCUCCCAUGGAAUCUGUUCCCGUGGUUCAGGAGUUUCUCGAUUCUUUUGUGAUUGUUUUCAUCGAUGACAUCUUGGUUUACUCUAAGACUGAGGAGGACCAUGUCCGACACCUGAGGAUUGUACUUCAGAGGUUGAGAGAAGAGAAGUUGUAUGCCAAGUUCUCAAAGUGUGAGUUCUGGCUUACUUCUGUGACAUUCUUGGGGCACGUGGUGUCCAAGGAGGGUAUUAGAGUAGAUCCGGCCAAAAUUGAGGCAGUUAGAGGCUGGACGCGACCUACUUCACCUACUGAGAUUAGGAGUUUUGUGGGAUUGGCAGGCUAUUAUCGACGAUUUGUUCAGAGUUUCUCUACUAUUGCAGCUCCAUUGACUAGAUUGACUCGACAGGAUGUGGGUUUUCAGUGGUCUGAUGAGUGUGAGGAGAGUUUUCAAAAGCUCAAGACUUUGUUGACUUCUGCUCCUGUGUUGACUCUACCUGAGGAAGGUGUAGACUUUACUGUGUAUUGUGAUGCUUCAGGAGUUGGUUUGGGUGGUGUGUUGAUGCAGAAGGGGAAAGUGAUUGCUUAUGCUUCUAGGCAAUUGAAGUCCCAUGAGAAGAACUACCCUACUCAUGAUCUGGAGUUAGCGGCUGUGGUAUUUGUACUGAAGUUAUGGCGUCAUUAUUUGUGUGGAGUGCAUUGUGAGAUCUUCACUGAUCAUCGGAGUCUUCAGUAUAUCUUUAGCCAGAGGGAUUUGAACUUGAGGCAACGGAGAUGGCUUGAGUUGCUGAAGGACUAUGAUGUGACCAUUUUGUAUCAUCCAGGAAAGGCCAAUGUUGUGGCCGAUGCUCUGAGUAGGAAGACUCCUAGCAUGGGGAGUCUUGCAGCGCUUAGUAUUGAGGAGAGACCAUUGGCUAGAGAUGUGCAGAUAUUAGCUAACAGUCUUGUCCGCUUGCAGAUUUCAGAAGAGAGUGAUGGGAUGAUUGCUUUUAUUGAGGCUCGGUCUUCUUUAGUCGAGCAAAUCCGUGCACACCAGUUUGAUGAUGAAAAAUUAUGUCUCAUUCGAGACAAAGUAUUGAGAGGGGAAGCUAAGGAGGCUGUCCUUGAUUCUGAUGGUGUCUUGCGGAUCGGAGGCAGAAUUUGUGUGCCCAGGACAGGCGAUUUGAUUAGAUUGAUUCUUGAGGAGGCCCAUUGUUCGCUAACCAAGUCUGCCCACUUCAUUCCGGUUCGGGUGAAGUAUACAGCAGAAAAGUUAGCCGAGCUAUAUAUCAGUCAAAUUGUUCGACUACAUGGAGUUCCUAUUUCUAUCAUAUCAGAUCGAGAUGGUCAAUCUGAGCGGACCAUUCAGAUGGCCCCAUUUGAGGCGUUGUAUGGAAGGCGGUGUAGGUCUCCGAUUGGUUGGUUUGAUUCGGCGGAGAUGGACUCUUUGGAUACAGACUUGCUGGGAGAUGCUAUGGAGCAAGUCGUUAUGAUUCAGUAUAGAUUAUUGACAGCUCAGAGUCGACAAAAGAGUUAUGCAGAGCCUUGCCGAGUGGGAGAGGUGGCCUAUAAGAUGGCCUUGCCACCUAGUUUGUCAGCUGUACAUCCUGUUUUUCAUGUCUCUAUGCUUCGGAAGUAUAUUCCGGACGAAUCUCAUGUGCUUUCACUCGAUUCCGUGGAGUUGGGUCCAGACUUGACAUUUGAGGAGGAGCCUAUAGCUAUUUUGGAUAGGCAGGUUCGAAAGCUUAGGACCAAGGAGAUUGCUUCAGUGAAGGUGCAAUGGAAGCACCGAUCAUUGGGAGAGGCAACUUGGGAGACAGAGUCUGACAUGCGUGCCAGAUAUCCUCAACUUUUUGAAGCAUCAGCUAAUUUUUAUUGCAAUUUUGGUCAUUCAAGUCCAAUCCAAUGUGAUUUGGAUAUUUCAUCUAAUAAUCUGGAGCAUCCAUCUUUUGAUUGA